AUGGCAAAGGACUCAAGUGUUGCAGUAGAUUUACAAAGUCAGUAUGAUCAUAGAAAUUCAUUCGGCGAUUCAUCUAUUGGAGAGAUGGCUGCUGAAGAUAGCAAUUCAGUUCUCAACCGAUUACUUUCAGAUCCAACUAGUCCUUACUAUCUUUACUAUGGAGAUAAUACAGGAAUUCAGAUCAUUUCAGUUGCUCUCACUGAAGACAACUACUUGACAUGGAGUCGAGCUGUAAUCGUGGCUUUUAGUGUCAAAAACAAAGAAUGCUUUAUCGAUGGAACAAUAGAGAAGCCUCGUAAUGAUGAUCCUCUGUUUAGUGCUUAA